GCUUCAGAGGCUUUUGUUCCACAGAGCAGCGAAGAAGUUUUUCACCAGUUGUUGUCUCAUUCAAAUAAUAGAGGAAGCAGCAAAAAAAAAAUAUCCCAGAUUAUUUCAGUAAAGGCACUUCCGUGGGCGUCCUAAAGCAGGAAGUCAUCUAGGCUUCGUCUUGGUAGACGAGAAUCGGUGCUCGGAUGCGAACCCGUACCCGUUCGAGGUGGUGUAGAGAACCUCAGAGCUCGGAAGGAACGCAGCAGUCUCACACAAGGGAGGUGCCCUUGACAGAAACGUAGAGAAAGAAAAGUGGAUUAAGCACAAAUUCGGAACGCCAUUUCUGUUCCCUUGUUUUUCCUGGAAAUCAGUGUGUGUCAAGUUUAAGUUUUCUAUUGUCAUUGGAAAAUAGUGCCUGUACAGUGUGGAUAACGACGAUUAGAGUGCUAAGCAGUGCUAAUAGCACCCAGAAGGAGGCUAUUUUUUUCUAUCCAAAGGAAAAAAACCCCUGAACAAAACGAUGACGCAGUUUUUGUUUUGAUCAAUAUCAUCUUUUUCGCUGCCUUUUCAUUAGGAACAACAGAGAAAAAAUAUGAAUGUUGGGUACACAGUAAGAGAGAUCGUAACUGAACAUGUCCGCCGAUUCCCAGCGACGAUCAGCAUCCAGCGCGGCAGCCGCCGCACGCUGUAUGCCGGCGAUCGUGCCUCCGCAGGCCGUUAGUGACCGGUCGAUCAUCGACAGUGUGGCCGGUUUCAUCAACGAUGUGACACUGCAAACCCAGGCGCCCCAGGGUGACGGGAAGGAUCACAUCCUCUGGGCACGGUUCGAGAAUGCCGCCGAUAUCAGUGAUCCCUGCCUGGGGGAUGACUGGGAGCUGGAAGGGGGCAUCGCACCACCACUCCUGCUGAUUCUCGGCUAUGUUACGGGAAUUCAGGUAUGGAUCAUACCAGCCAACGGAGAAGCGAUUGAGGUGCUUUCGUGGCGUCAUGGCAGUGUCAAGUCUCUGCGGGUUUUACCGACUCCCGCUGCCGGAGACGGUGAGUCUGCCGCCGAACCGAACGAUCAGUUUGUCCACAAACGACCGCUGAUUGCAUUGUGUGAUUCGGCAUCGAGCGGGAUCGUUGGGAGUAGCGGCGGUCUUACGAGCGGUAAUCAAUCACAGUACUGUUCGAUAAAUCUCAUAUCACUUAAGGACGGCGAAAACGUGAAAAGCAUUAAGUUUAAGAAUCCCAUCGUGGAUAUUCUUGCGAAUCGAUCGUCGGUGGUGGUGACAUUUACAGAGCGGAUCGCUAUCUUCGAUGCACGCACACUGGAGGAUCGGUUGACCGUUACCACGUGCCAUCCAAGUCCUGGUCUGAACCCGAACCCGGUCGCACUGGGGCCACGCUGGAUCGCUUAUGCGGAAAAAAAGCUGCUACCCUCGAAGCGAUCCAGUGGUGGUUGCGAUGGCGAUGGGGUCACGAGCUAUACAGCAACUAUGUUGAACGCCGCGAAGAGUUUGGGAAAGGGAUUGCGCGAAUUGGGAGAACAAAUGGCAGCGGGUUUAACCGGUGGUAGUCAUUCGGGUCCCAGUUCUAUCAGUGGAACGACCGGUUCUUCCGGUACCGGAGUUACGAGCGAAGGUAAUCAACCAGGAAUUGUAACGAUACUUGAUAUCAAGUACCCGAUCAAAGACCUGAGCCCAACUACAGGAACUCCAAUUUCAAGUACCGGUAAUGAUCCCAUCAUUGCCCACUUUGUAGCCCACUCGGAAGCGAUUGUAGCGAUGCAAUUUGACGCUUCCGGUAUGCUGCUGUUGACAGCCGAUAAACGCGGGCAUGAUUUUCACGUCUUUCGGAUCCACCCGCAUCCGAGUGGACCAUCGCUGGCCGCCGUACAUCAUCUUUACAUACUUCAUCGUGGAGAUACCACCGCCAAGGUGCAGGACAUUGUGUUCUCGCUGGACUCGCGAUGGGUAGCAAUUUCGACGUUGCGAGGGACAUCGCACGUGUUUCCGGUGACUCCGUACGGAGGACCAGCGGGCGUCCGCACCCAUGGUUCGCCACACGUUGUAAAUAGACUAUCUAGAUUUCAUCGUUCGGCUGGACUGUCAAUCGACGGAAGAUCCAGCAGCCCCGUUUCCCAUCUGGAACAUCCUGCUUCUCACACGCCGACAUCCGCCUAUGCAAACCCUCGGAUUCCGCCGUUUCCGCAUCCAACGGUGGUACAGCCGCUCGCACAACUUCGUCAGCCAUCGAGUCUUAGCACGCAGUCCGGUGGCAAUACGAGCACCAAAAGUUCCACCGGUGGUGGCCGUCAGCGCAAUUCUUCUUCUUCUUCGUCAGAUGAUCUCGUCAAACCGUUACGAGUUUGUGCUACCUUUGCGAAAGCCCGAUCCUGGCUAUUGGAUCCUCCCGGAACCGUACGAGACACUCCGGCACAUCGCAUUCAACGCAAACCGAUGGAUUCGCUGUUUAUUAUAGCGGCUCACGGUGCAUUGAUUCAGUAUGAUUUGGAUCCCAAACAUGCGACCAAUAUCCCCAAAGAGAAGGUUUGCGACGACACGCCAAUCGAACUGGAGGUAGAAGCCAAGGCACAAUGGACACUGCAACGGCAAGAGACAAACUGCAGCAGUGAUAUUCAACCACCGCUUCCACUGGACAAUUGGUUGAUUAAAGAUCGCUUUCUGGAAGAUGUCAGGGGUGAUGCUUUGAACGACUAUGGUAGUAUUGAUCAACACCGCGGUGCCGGUGAUCAUCGUGGUAGUACGAGCAGCAUUGAUCACGACGAUCGCUGGCUAUCCCAGGUGGAAAUUAUCACGCAUGCUGGGCCACAUCGCCGGCUUUGGAUGGGCCCUCAGUUCAUGUUUAAGACAUACAAUACACCGAGCGGAUCACCACUGACAUCGAUCGACACGGAAUCGGUUGAGAUUGGUGCCGGUAGCACGAUAAACAGACCAGCACGCUCCAAUCCGAUGAAUAUGCCCAUUUCUGGAGGUAUGAGGCCAUUGGUACCCGUACUCAUUGAAUCUGGAUCAUGUAGUAGCUACGAGCAAAGUCCACGAAUGAUCAACAUGACGGAGUUCCGUCAUCAUGAAAAUCUGGACACGGAGUUCUCCUCCCUGGGACCGGUGGAGUCUCAACUGCGGGAAGAUCUCGCUGAUGCCAUGCGUGAAUCACCGCUGAUCUCCGGACGAGACACGACAGGCUACACGAGCGCCACGCCCAUCCCGGCCGGGUUAUCUUCGGUAUCCUCUUGCUCCUCCACCUCGAUCUACUCGUCGACGCACUCACUGAACUCGAUAUGCGAUCAUAAGCUGCCCCUGUCGACCACUACUCAUGCGUUGCUGCAACCGCAAGGAGUUCCGGUCAAACAUCAUCACCCACACUAUCACCUCCAGCAACAAGAGCAUCAACAUUCAUCCUCGCUUCCGGCGAGCUGCUCGCGGCCGGCUUCCGCUGCCAGCAGUCGAGCUUCCGGUUCCAUAACAAUAGCAAAGGUAGUUAAUCCGCUCGGAACGGUCACUACUGUUUGUAGCAGCGAUGUGGAAGGAAUGGAAUCGGAAGCGGAAGCACGGGCCGCCCAUGAGUGUGACAUAUAUUUGCAUGAAAACUGUGACGAAGCGCUGUUUCGGCCGGUGGUCACCGUACACGGAAUACCAGGAAACGACCCGGACCAUCGGGGAUCAUCCGCAUUGGAUCGAUCCGGUGUGGCAUCUGCCUCGGUAGAGGAACCACCCUCGCUGAUUGGUCGUGAACUGAUCGUACCGGUAAUUGAGGAGAAGGACAUGGUCUACUUCAGUAGAAACAAAAAGAAGGACGAUGAUAAUUUAGCAAAGUUUGAAGAAUUAUCUACCAUCAACAAGAAAAGUAAGAAAACGAAUCAACAAGCUGUUGUUGAGGUGGAACCCGCUGGUGCAAAGGUGGUGGUUGAAGAUUUUGUAAAUAUAGAGGUAGUAAACAAGUGUAAGCAAGAGGAACCAAAACUCGCGGGCAGUAGAAAAAAGGAAAAUACACCUCCGGUUAGAAGCGAGAGGAAAAAGAAAUCCCAACCGGAAGCGAUCGAAGUUAUUGAACUCGAGGAUCCGGGAGUACAACUGGAGUUACCACCGGUGGAGAAACCCUCACGCAAUAGGAAAAAGGAAAACGGCAAGAAGAAAGACGAACCUAAACAACAGCAGCAGCAUACUGCGACCGAGAAACAACAAAAGACCAAACCAUCAACCGCCGCCGCCGCCGAGACGAAGUCGAAGACAAACUCAGCAAGCGCUGGCAAAUCUGGAAAUAACAACAGGAAAGAGAACAAGCAAGACAAUCGAAAGCGGAAAGAACAAACACCGCCUUUGGCAACGGUUCUACCGGAACCACAGCCGGAACCAACGCCGAAACCGUUGGUUCAGGCGGUUCGCGCGGUAGAAGAUAAUAAUCUGCUCAAAUCAAUUUGUGAUGACUUUCCACCACUGGAAGCAUUGAAAAUUGACGAUUUGGAAUUAUUUGGCGAAGCUAAUGAUCCACAAAAUUUGAAACUGACGCGUACCGAUAUAAGUAUUCAGGAAUCGAUGCUUGCUUCCAGUGGGCUUGGAAUUGAGAAACCGGCGAAUCCUUGUGUAGGUGAUGUUGAUGGUGAUAAUGAUAAUGACGAUGAUGCAGGUAGAAGUGUUGAAAGAACCGUAGAGUGUGUUACCGAAAAUCAAUGUGAAGACGAACAAAUUCUGUCGAAAGAAGAGAAAUUUUAUGAACUAUCGUCACGUUAUGAAAUAGACUUCCCGGAACCGUUACCGCCGCUGGAACCGUUUAUAUGCAAGGAGCUCGAAGAUUUAGGAUUCGACGACGAGAGCAGCAAGGAAAAACUUAUCAAACAGUCGAGUGAGGAGAAAGUUUUGAUAAAUUUUGAAAGUCCGCUUCAGGAGGCGGCCAAAGAACUGCCCCGGAAGGGUAAUUCCAUAUUCGAUGAUAAAAACAUCGUGUUCGCUAUGUGCUCCAGUUUGCGAGAGGCUAAUCUGUCCGAGAUGGGAGAAGGUAGCUCACAGCAAUCGGGCGGUAGCCGAAGUCUUUCCACGUCGAUGAUGCAAGUGGGUCCCGUGGUUCUGAAGCAACAACAAUCUGUCGAAGGACAAGAUUCUGACUACAGAAGCCUAGAGCUGGACGUUGACGAUACCGCAAUGUUCGUCUCUAGGCUUCCCGUGUCGUCCACAUCGGAGGACGAAACGUCCAACUCGAACAAUGACGAACCGGAGGAAAAGGAAGCCUCCAAGCUUCCCGAAGCCGACGAUGAGGACGACGAACUGCAACCGUUGAUCUCUAGUAACAAAACGUCGUCCUCGUCGUUGUCGAUUACGGUCAUCGGUACCGUUUCCGGUGGUGCUAGCAACGAUAGUUUAAUGAACUCCAUGACCACUUCCGGCAUUGUGGCAGUCACCGGAAGUCCUGCCAAAACAACAACAACAACAACAAUAAUAACAUCAACACUGCCAACGACGACAGACGCGAACCAAAGUGAAAACAGCGACAAGCAGACGAUCAACGCAGCGAAUACAAAGCAGAUGAGCACUGGGAACAACGGUGGAAACAAUGGCAAUAACAAUGGCAACGGAAAAAAGAAAUCCAAGAAAAAGCGAAAAUAAUUGGCGGCGUGGCGAAUGAUGCUGCUAGCGGCCACUGGUGGCGUGGUGGUGCUACUCGCAGUAUCAUUGCUUAUUCUGCUCGUGCUAUCGUAUCUGCUGCUAGUGCAGCUCUGCUACGCGCUAGUGUUAUAUUUAUUGUAUUAUUUGUAGGAAGUCUUUUAACCUUCUUAUCCUUCCCCCCACCCCGCCCUCUCCCAUAUCACGGGGUUUCUUACGGCGUUGUCCGUAGGUUGGCUGUUACCACGGAUGGGCGUACAAAAAAAAAACGUUAAUUUAUAUUUUAGUAUAAUUAUUUCUCCCCCGUAUGGGUGGAGCUUUCCUCGUAACCUCUUUUUAUUCUAGCUUAUUGUGAUUUGGUUACUAAAAAUGGUAUUUAUCACGUUCAUGCAUGUAAAAACAAUUACAGACGUCUGACAAGCAUCCGAUUGCGCCGAACACGAAAUAUUCUGAUUAUUCUACGUCAAGCCUUUGCGUUACAUGUAAUAAAAAAAAAGUUGUGCUGUUAGAUUUAUAGACUGAAAAUUAUGUGACAAAAGUUGUUCGAAAAAAAGUAAGCAAAGGCUUAGAAGCAAAUUUUAUAACAUCAAUACAAAGUAUAAUUCAUAAUUUUA